CAACACACAGUGCCAUUAGACUAAUUUUUUUUCUCCUCUCUGACGACUGUUGCCUCAAUGCAGCAGCAGCCCUCGCCGCCGCACUCGCCUAGCCAAAUCAAGGAGAAAUUAUUGCAAGCUCUCGACCGCGAUUAUCAUGUUGUGGAUAUGGCAUUGGCGUUGGAGGCAGUGUCUUUACUCGAGAAGACUCCUGUUACCAAAGAAGCUCUCGAGACUACACGACUGGGGAGAUUGGUGAAUGAGAUGAGGAAGAAAACCAAGAAUGACAGUUUGGCCCGUAGAGCUAAAGACCUGGUCAGACGAUGGAGGGAUAUGGUUUCAAAGCCAUCAGAAAAUGGCACUGGAGGAACAGGCCAGGGACCUGGCAUGCAAGGGGCCUCGUUAGUCAACCAUUUGCGCGUGGUGGGCGUGAAAAACUCUGUUUCGAGUCCGGCUCUGUGCGAGAUGGGACGAACAGCUAGUCCAGCUUUGCCAAGACCGGUUCACAACCUUGUAAUCUCACCCACCAGCCCGGCGUUUCGCGGUGUUACCCUCAGCCCAGCUUUGCAGCGGAAACCCAUUCAUCCAGCGGGCAGUUUGCAGCUACAGCAACAACGUGUCAUCAGCCCCAGUAACUCUGUGGCUUCCAACACCAGCACCAGUCCUGGUUUGAGCUUCUCGCUUUCUCAAACUCAUUCGAACUCUUCUAGACCAUCUACACCCUCCUCCCUCGUGGUCAAAUCAAAAGCGAUUAGUCCCGGUCCGGGUCGACCGAUGAUUGAAACGUCUGAGUUUCCUUCAAAAACUAAUCAUCACCGGGGAAUCAAGCGAACAAGAGACAACGACGAAGAGACGAUGACGGGCUUCGAGCUGUCAGGAAAGCGAUCAAGAGGCAGUAAUGGAGUAGAUUGGCCUUGGGUCGAUGAGUGCAGUCGGGACAGUAACCUAAGCUGGUCUGGCGACUCGCUGCGGAUGACAAACCACAGCGCCUUAGGUGGUGGAGAGGAUCGCUCUGUUUCUUCCUCGUCCAAAGCGUCCAGGCCUCCUCGUGCAAGAAGCAAGAUAGAUACAAGUAUCAAACCCGAACCACCUAGUGAUGUACUCAGAGAAAAAUUCGCCUCAAUCGCUAGGGUGUCGAAGGUUAAAACGACGCAGGAGCUGCUAGAAGAUUUGGCACGUCGGAGUGGCUCACCGAAUUUAGUAGUUAAAACCGAAGUUCAGCCUGUCCAUCAGCAACAAGCUGGAGCCAUUCCGGCAUCUACGGAAGCUCGGCAGUGGCCCGAUGCAAAGCAGGAACUCUUAGAUAAAUUUUUUCGGUCACAUUCGACUGAUCGCCGCAACGAUGGUAGCACCAUCACGAGUAGCAUCGUUAGCAAGACCAAAGCUACCUCCGCCAUGGGCGAUCCAGUGGCGGAGAUUUAUGCGCGCCUACCUCCAAUCGAUCCUUCAGUGGUCGCUUCCAUGUGGAAAGAAGAAAUUGCUGAACCAGAAACGGAGGAAAGGGACUCCACCACACCCAAGCGUCCAGUGACUGAUGAGGACGUGGAUCUUCUGCACAACGGGCAAGUGGAUAGCGUGAAUGGCACGCAUGACAAAAACGGCGAAUUCCACAGUUGGCAUGAAACUCUGACGGUCGCCUCCUAUCAUGGAGACCCUCUCCACUUGUUGCCUUACGUCGUGAUCGAAUGAUUCCUCCGCCUCCAUGCCAUUCGAUCCGAGGCUGUGAAGUAACCCAUCUGUACAAAGUGUAAUUUUUUUUUUUUUCAUCCUGCUCCCUCCUAAAGAUUGUAGAAAUGACUUGGGCGCCGAUUGAUCGCACAUUUAUUGUUGGCUGAUACAAAGUAACCAAAUCGGAAGACAGGACACCACCGCACUUUCAAAGGAGAAAAUAUUGACAAGGUCCAAGCUGUUGCUGAUAUUUGGUAAUCGUAAAUACCAUUGCGAUUGUCGUCAGCUUCGCUUUUUUCUAUUGGGUUAUGGCAUACAUCAUUUGAGCCGAUACCUUCCGGAGGCCUUGCGUCUGUGAUUUUCUUUUUCCCCUUUGACGAUGCGAUUGUGCAGCUGUUCGAAACGAACGUGACGGAGAGGAAAAAGGAGGAGGUUAAACGCCGUAGAAGUCUCGCCGCCUCUGCAGUAAACACAAAUGCCACACAAAAAAAUUAUAUUAACCUAAGGCGAUUUCCAGAUGCUAAGCUGAGAUAUCUAUCUCUCGUUCAUCGAUAGCGGGCUGUAUUUUGACAUAGAAAAACUUGUUGUCUAGUCGGUGACGAUGUGAACGUUCUAAAAUUGUAGUAUGAUUACGACGAUGAUGUUCCUCUGGGUGGCGGAAGAAGUUGUCGUUGUCGUCCCUAAAUAUCUGAAAACAAAAGAAAUAUUUUGAGGGAGAGAAAGAUUUUGUUUUCUCAUUGUUUGCUUUGCUGUUGCCAUGUUUCCUCGAAUUUCAGUUUUUCAGUUCCCAUUCUCAUCUUUGAUUACAAUUAUUUCUUUUUUUUUUCUUAUUGUUCAGUCUAUGAUUUCUUGUCACCGUAAUAAUCGCCAGUCCGAAACAUCCCAUAUUUUCAGUUCCCCUCCCCUCUUUCUCAAGUUGAUCUUUGUCUCAGAUUUGCAACGCCUUGGUCACUGAUUGUUCUUUCGCAGAAGAAAUAAAUACGUUUUUGAUUGUUUGUA